UCGUCGUGCCAAGUACGACUCGGAUUUCAACCGUCGUAUCGCGACGACGAACACUUUUCCGAUCGGCAAUUUCUGUACUUUACGCGGAAGUUGCGACACGCGGUAGUUACGGUUGGCUUACGAAACCUCGUUGCCCGUUCAUCGUAUUUGAAAACUUCCGAAGACGUCGUCAUCGUUCGACGAUUUCGGUGAAAAUCGUGCGAUAAAAACGUGUAGCAGAAACGAAUUCUUCUCGCGGUCGGUCCACUUGCUAAUAAAGGAACGUAAGCGAAUGAAAAUCUGUACGAACGAUCCACACGGCCCGGUUGCGCGUCGUUGCGCGUUCAAAUGUUUUAUUCGAACGAUUCGGGAAACCGCAACCCGAAGGAACAAGUUCGAAAUCGAAAGAACACCGAUCAAGAGAAGGGAAGGAAAGGAGAGGAAAGGAAAGCCGGGUGUUACACGAUGGGAAGAUCGAAGUCGAAGAAAACCAAAUGGACGAAAAACUUGAAGAUGGAGCCGGAGGACUCCGGGAGAGUCCCGAUACCCAAUCUACCAAAGAACCAUCUUUUAAUGCGUGUGAAAAGCGGCACAAAAAUUAGAAAUGUUCUCGGUUACGCUUUGAAAGAAUUUCCAAACUACAACUGCAUCGUGUGGACCUCGGCUGGCCAUGGUAUAGGAAAGGCCAUUUCCUGCGCGGAGCUGUUUAAAAAGAAGCAACCAGGACUCCACCAGAUCACGAAAUUACGUUACACCGAAUCGGAGAAGUCGAAAACGGAGAGUGCAAAUGGCGGUGAGACGGCUAGCCGCCACGUACCAGAAAUACACAUCAUGCUGACGAAAGAAGCGAAGGACAUCUCUGUAGACACGCCCGGUUAUCAGGCACCGGACGAUAUCGGGGAAUUCUUGGACGAAGAGGAAAUAAAGAACGGUAAGAAAGGUGGGAGACAGGAAGCUGGUAGUAAUGUGACCUGCAUCGAUGCCGAGGAAUUCGCGGUAAUGGGGCUGAGGGCGGGUAAAAAGAGACCGAAGAAAGAAAAUCAAGCGGAAGCACCGCCAAAGAAGAACAAAAAACGGAAGAACUAAUAAUCAGCAGCGAUAGAUGAUCCAUCGAACAUUUAUCAUCGUACCAUGUAUAACGUAUGUUUGUAUUAAAUAGAAAGUUUAUUCUUUAUCAAGUACAUGCACGUUCGUUACAGAAA